ACUACUCCACUGCGCGCGCGCACUCUCGUUCUUCUCUUUCCGAUUCUUCUCUCCGCGACCAUAACCGAUGGCUUCCGAUUCUUCUCCUCCCAAUUUCAACAACGGUCCUUCAUCUCCCGACGACUCUCUCUCCAGCCCCAUCGCUAACACGUUCUCCUCGCCGGCCUCCAGGCGCCGCCGCCGCCCCCCGACCACUCCCUCCGCCGCGUUCGGGACCCCAUCGGAGCGCCGCUCCCGCUUUGCCGCCUCCGAUGCCACCCCGACGCCGCGAUCCCGCCAGCGCGGCGGCGCCGGGCGCGUUCCCGCCACGCCGACUUCCACCACCGACGACGUGCCGGCCUCUUCCGAAGGCGGCGACGGCUACGACAUGGACGACGCCAGGCCCACCUUCGUGUGGGGCACCAACAUAAGCGUGGAGGACGUGAACGACGCCAUUCAGAGGUUUCUGAGGGACUUCAGAGAACCUUCUGAGGGCGACGAUGAAGGUUUGCAUUUGCACACUGAGGGGAAGUAUGAGAAAUUGAUCGUGCAGGUUAUUGAAGUUGAAGGAGACUCUCUUGAUGUUGAUGCUCACGACGUGUUUGAUCAUGACCCUGAUUUGUAUACCAAGAUGGUUAGGUACCCUCUUGAGGUGCUCGCGAUUUUUGACUUGGUUUUGAUGAAUAUGGUUAGCCGGUUGAAACCCAUGUUUGAGAAGCACAUACAGACGCGGAUUUUCAAUCUCAAAACCUCAACCUCGAUGAGAAAUUUGAACCCUUCUGACAUUGAGAGGAUGAUAUCGUUGAAGGGAAUGAUUAUAAGAAGCAGCUCAAUCAUACCGGAAAUUAGAGAAGCUACAUUUAGGUGUCUUGUGUGUGGUUUCUGUUCUGAUCCAGUUACUGUGGAGAGAGGGCGAAUAACUGAACCUACUAUAUGCGCGAGGGAAGAAUGUCAAUCCAGGAACUCCAUGGCACUCGUUCACAACCGAUGCAAGUUUACUGAUAAGCAAAUUGUGAGGAUCCAGGAGACACCCGAUGAGAUACCUGAAGGAGGAACACCUCACACAGUUAGUUUGCUGAUGCAUGACAAGCUUGUGGACACUGGAAAGCCAGGUGACAGAGUUGAGGUUACUGGCAUUUAUAGGGCCAUGAGUGUUAGGGUUGGACCAACUCAGAGAACUGUUAAGUCAUUGUUCAAGACAUAUAUUGAUUGUCUUCACAUAAAGAAGACUGAUAAGUCUAGGAUGCUGGUAGAGGAUGCUAUGGAUGUUGAUGAACCAGGCAAAAAUUCAGAGCAAGUUCUCUUUAAUGAAGAGAGGGUGGCUCAACUGAAGGAGCUCUCAAAAAAGCCGGAUAUAUAUGAAAUACUGACAAGAUCAUUGGCGCCAAACAUAUGGGAGCUAGACGAUGUGAAGAAAGGUCUUCUUUGUCAGCUUUUUGGUGGCAAUGCUUUGAAGUUAGCUUCUGGUGCUAGCUUCCGUGGUGAUAUAAAUAUUCUUCUUGUUGGUGAUCCUGGGACAAGCAAGUCCCAGCUACUUCAGUACAUACACAAACUAUCUCCACGUGGCAUUUACACCAGUGGAAGGGGGAGCUCUGCUGUUGGAUUGACUGCUUACGUAACCAAGGACCCUGAAACAGGGGAAACUGUUCUAGAGAGUGGUGCCCUAGUUUUGAGUGACCGAGGUAUCUGUUGUAUUGACGAAUUUGACAAAAUGUCUGAUAAUGCGAGGAGCAUGUUACACGAGGUCAUGGAACAACAAACUGUUUCAAUAGCAAAGGCAGGUAUUAUUGCUUCCCUCAAUGCUAGGACUUCGGUUUUGGCUUGUGCAAAUCCAAGUGGGUCUAGAUAUAAUCCUCGCUUGUCUGUCAUUGACAACAUACACCUUCCUCCCACACUUUUGUCCAGGUUUGAUUUAAUAUACCUGCUUCUUGACAAGGCUGAUGAACAAACAGACAGGCGACUUGCCAAACAUAUUGUGUCCUUACACUUUGAGGACCCCGAGAACAUGGAGCAGGACGUGUUGGACCUUUCUACAUUAACUGAUUAUGUUAGCUAUGCCCGAAAGCACAUAAACCCACAGCUUUCUGACGAAGCCGCCGAAGAAUUGACUAGGGGUUAUGUGGAAAUAAGAAAAAGAGGAAAUUUUCCUGGGAGUAGCAAAAAGGUGAUAACAGCAACGCCAAGGCAGAUUGAGAGUCUGAUACGCCUAAGUGAAGCAUUAGCUCGGAUUCGCUUCUCUGAAAAGGUUGAAAAGCGUGAUGUAAUGGAGGCAUUUCGGCUUUUGGAAGUUGCAAUGCAGCAGUCUGCAACAGAUCACGCUACUGGAACUAUUGACAUGGAUCUUAUUACUACUGGAGUUUCGGCUAGUGAAAGGAUGAGACGAGAAAGUCUGCAACAAGCAACCCGCAACUUAAUCAUGGACAAGAUGCAGAUUGGGGGACCUUCUAUGCGGUUAUUGGAGUUAUUGGAAGAAUUGAAGAAACAGGACACUGGUAGUGAGAUUCAUCUUACUGAUCUAAGGAAUGCAAUUGCUACUCUCGCUACCGAAGGAUUUGUUACCAUGCAUGGUGACAACGUAAAAAGAUCGUGAUAACACGAGGCAGGGGACUGUCUGAUAUUUAUACCUUGAUCGAAGUUUAGGAUUGAAGGGAGUAUAUAAAGUACGUUAUAUGAUGUCUUGUGAAUGCGUUUGUUAGUGCUUAUCAAUUUUUUUUCUUCUUUUCUUUGAGGUAGUUUCACUAGUUAACCAUUUUGUUAUAAUUGAACAUGCAUACCUUUUUUAACGAACGGUAUCAUAGCGUGUUAACUUAUAAUGUUCUUUAUAUAGCAUUGGAAUUGAAUUCUUA